CUGUUCAUCUUUGACGGCCUGGAUGAAAGCAGACUUUCACUGAAUUUCAACAACAGUGAGGUCGUGUCUGAUGUCACACAGAAGUCAUCAGUCAGCGUGCUGCUGACAAACCUCAUCAAGGGGAAGCUGCUUCCCUCGGCUCUCGUCUGGAUAACUUCCCGACCUGCAGCAGCCAAUCAGAUCCCUCCUUCAUGUGUGGACAGGGUAACAGAAGUACGAGGCUUCACUGACGCCCAGAAGGAGGAGUACUUCAGGAGGAGAUUCAGUGAUGAAGAGCAGUCCAGCACAAUCAUCUCACACAUCAAAACAUCCAGGAGCCUCCACAUCAUGUGUUACAUUCCAGUCUUCUGCUGGAUCACUGCUACAGUUCUGGACCACAUGUUGACUACAGACCAGAGAGGAGAGCUGCCCAAGACCCUGACUGACAUGUACUCACACUUCCUGCUGGUUCAGACAAAGAGGAAGAAGAACAAGUAUGAUGAGGGACAUGAGACGAGUCCGCAGGAGCUGACGGAGGCUGACAGGAACCUUCUUCUGAAGCUGGGGAGGCUGGCGUUUGAACAACUGGAGAAAGGAAACAUCAUGUUCUACCAAGAAGACCUGGAGCAGUGUGGUCUUGAUGUCACAGAGGCCUCGGUGUUAUCAGGAGUUUGUACAGAGAUCUUCAAAAGAGAGAGUGUGAUCUUCCAGAAAACAGUCUACAGCUUUGUUCAUCUGAGCGUUCAGGAGUUUCUGGCUGCAGUCUACAUGUACCACUGUUACACCAGCAGGAAGACAGAGGUACUGAAUGACUUCCUGGGUAACAAAGACAACAGUUACUCAUCUCUGGAUGACUUCCUGAAGAGAGCCAUGGAGAAAUCUCUCAAAAGUGAAAAUGGCCACCUGGACCUGUUUGUCCGCUUCCUUCAUGGCCUCUCUCUGGAGUCCAACCAGAGUCUCUUCGGAGGCAUGCUGGGUCAGACAGACAACAGUCCAGAAACCAUCCAGAGAGUCAUCAACAACCUGAAGGAGAUGAACAUUGGUGAUAUCUCUCCUGACAGAAGCAUCAACAUCUUCCACUGUCUGAUGGAGAUGAACGACCGCUCAGUACAUCAGGAGAUCCAAGAGUUCCUGAAGUCAGAGAACAGAUCAAAGAAGGAACUCUCUGUGAUCCACUGCUCAGCUCUGGCCUACAUGCUGCAGAUGUCCGAGGAGGUUCUGGAUGAGUUGGACCUGAAGAAGUACAACACAUCAGAGGUGGGACGACGGAGACUGAUCCCAGCUGUGAGGAACUGCAGAGAGUUUGAACUUGUGGCACAGUGUGCCUCAGUGCAUAUCUCUUCCCAGGUGUCCAUUGGAACCUCUCUAUGGGGGGACGUCAAGAAAAGAGUCAUCUGGGAGAAAGUUUUUGAUAUACUCCAUGGCCUCUUGGGGGUCCACAAACUCCUUAUCUUCACCGUGAUGUGUGACUCGGAGUCUGGCUGGGUAGAGAAGACCGUAGCAGAUGUCUUUCCGGCCCCGUAG